UUAUCUAGCGGCGGAGGAGGAGAAGGCGGCAGGCUGGAGGGACCUUUUCCGUCUGUCUGGCGGGCGGGGCGUGCGCUGGCGGAGGGAGGGUUUGGGACGCCGCGGCGCGGGAGGCGUCUGCUCGGCUCUCUGUGCGCCUGUAAGGGGGCGCGAGAGGGGCUGAGGCGGCGGGACCCGGACGGGACAAUGGCGGCGGAAGCGGCCUCUCCUCAGAGUCGGCGGUGGCGGGGACCGUGUGCUACUUUCGUCCGCUGGGAGACUUCGCCGACAACGGUGACAGCGGCGGUCGGUUUGCUCCUUUUUCUCCUUCCUGAGGCGACAACUGACCUACAGUGUUUUUGCCUUCUUUGUACAAAAGAGAACUUUACAUGCACAACAGAUGGGCUCUGCAUUACUUACAUAACACGGAAUGGAGACAAUAUCAUACGCAAUAGUAUGUGCAUAGCAGAAGUUGAUCUGAUUCCCAGAGACAGACCAUUUAUUUGUGCCCCCUCAACAAGUGAAGGAGUUACUACUUUGCCUCAUUGCUGCAAUAAAGACUUCUGCAAUAAAAUAGAUCUUCCGAUUCCAACCCCAGGUCCUGUACCAGGAAAGCCGCCUUCUAAUCUAGGACCAGUAGAAUUGGCUGCUGUCAUUGCUGGACCUGUUUGUUUUGUUUGCAUUUCACUUAUGUUGAUUUUAUACAUCUGCCAUAAUCGUACUGUCAUACACCACCGUGUUCCAAGUGAAGAAGAUCCUUCUAUGGAUCGUCCCUUUAUAUCUGAGGGAACUACUUUAAAAGAUUUAAUUUAUGACAUGACUACUUCAGGCUCAGGUUCAGGUUUGCCUUUACUUGUUCAAAGAACAAUUGCAAGAACAAUUGUACUUCAGGAAAGUAUUGGAAAGGGUCGGUUUGGAGAAGUCUGGCGAGGAAAAUGGAGAGGAGAAGAAGUUGCGGUGAAAAUUUUCUCCUCAAGAGAAGAACGUUCAUGGUUUCGUGAAGCGGAAAUCUAUCAAACUGUUAUGUUACGCCAUGAAAACAUUCUUGGGUUUAUAGCUGCAGACAAUAAAGACAAUGGUACAUGGACACAGCUGUGGCUGGUGUCAGAUUAUCAUGAGCAUGGUUCUCUUUUUGAUUAUCUGAACAGGUAUACUGUUACUGUGGAAGGAAUGAUAAAACUAGCUUUGUCUACUGCUAGUGGACUUGCGCAUCUUCACAUGGAGAUUGUUGGCACUCAAGGAAAGCCAGCAAUAGCUCACAGAGACUUGAAAUCAAAAAAUAUAUUAGUAAAGAAAAAUGGAACAUGUUGUAUUGCAGACUUAGGCCUGGCAGUAAGACAUGAUUCAGCUACAGACACAAUAGAUAUUGCACCAAACCACAGAGUGGGAACGAAAAGGUACAUGGCUCCUGAAGUACUUGAUGAUUCCAUAAACAUGAAACAUUUUGAGUCUUUCAAAAGAGCAGAUAUUUAUGCAAUGGGAUUAGUGUUCUGGGAAAUAGCUCGCCGAUGUUCAAUUGGUGGAAUUCAUGAAGAUUACCAGUUACCCUAUUAUGACCUAGUCCCUUCUGAUCCUUCCGUUGAAGAAAUGAGGAAAGUUGUUUGUGAACAAAAGCUUCGACCCAAUAUUCCAAACAGAUGGCAAAGCUGCGAGGCCUUACGAGUAAUGGCCAAAAUUAUGCGGGAAUGUUGGUAUGCCAAUGGUGCAGCAAGACUAACAGCUUUACGCAUAAAGAAAACGUUGUCUCAGCUGAGUCAGCAAGAAGGCAUAAAAAUGUAAUCUUGGAGGUGCUACUGAAGGAAACUUUUAAAGGACCAUAUCUGCACCUGAUUUGUGCAUUAAGAAGGCUAAUUGUUCUACCUCACUGAGGGAACAGAAGGAAAUUGCUGCCUUCUAUACAAGAUAGGAAGAUCAGUUAUUAUCCCAGGAUUUCUAUAGAUGCAGUAAAAUGUUGUACAGCUCCUUACCUUACACUACGAACGCCUCUUUCCUGGGAUACUAGUUUAGCUUCAGUAAAAUGGAACUUGUUUUCUGAGGAUUAAUGCUGGUCCCUGCUUUGUUGAAAACAUGAAGAUGAUGCUUAAGAUAGUGGAGCUUGUGCACACUAUUGCAUUGAAGGAUGUGUUGAAAGUUUUUAAAGCUAUUUGCUUUGUUCAUGAUGGUACGCUGUAUAUUCUGAACCACUCUUAGCUUAUUCUCAUCAGACUGAGUAGUGUUUUGAACGCUAAGGCACUGCUAUUGGACCUUUUUAUCAGGAUUUAUAGACAUUACCUCAUUUAGUCUGGAGGAACAUAUACAACACAUGCAGUUAUAUUUUGUAUUAUAUUUCUGUUCCGUUGCUUCAGAACAUUUCAUGCCUUCAAAAUAGAUUGUACUGUACCAGGAAGUGCCACUUUUUAAUUUUCUUAAUGCAAUUCAGUAGGGAUAUGCAAAGCCUUUGGUGCUUGUAGAAUGGCAAAUAUGUCUUAGUUAAAGGGGGAUUUUAUAGUGUGUGGAAUUCCUUUCUUUUUACCAAAACCUCUAAACUCUGAAGGCUGUAGGGAUUUUAAGUAUACAAAUUAAUUCCAUACUGUUAUCAGAGUUGUACAUCACAAUGAAUUGUGGUGUCAAAAGUGACGCUUAAUUGUUAAUGACUCUUAUAAAGAGUACUUCCAGAUUCUUUUUAAAUUUGACAUGAGGACUAAUCCAAAAUAAAUUUUAGAGCUCUAAUGCUUUCUAUGGGGGAAAUUUUUAUUUCUAUACAGACCCUUAUCUGUUCAAAGAACAGUGGUUUUUUUAAAGUAUCAGCUGUUUGCCUGCUUCUCCAAGGAUAAUCCACAUGCAAAAACAGUGCAUGUGGCUAGCCUUAUUGGAUGCAGUCCAGAUGUGCAAAGCAGUGUUCCUAGCGUCUGGAGCUCCUGUGUGGUGAUUUUUCUGGAUCAGGUCAGUGUGCACAUUCUUAACACAUGGUUGGCAUUGUUGGCUCUUAUAAUACCAUUUGUAUAAGCUGGACUGAAUCUAAGCCCCUCUCCCUUACCUCCAACAUGUGGUGCCAUUGGAAUUGCCCAUGCAGGACAACUCCCGGUUUUGUGGCAAGAGCCUCACACGCAGCAGUGUUUUACAGCUUAUAGCUCUCCUUGAAGAUCUCCUCUUCAUUGAGACAUCCAUCUUUUACUAAGUCACAGUUGGAAAGAAAUUUGUGUGCUAUUUUUUUUGUUUUCUCUGCAUUUCUGGCACCUACAGAGAAAUAAAGUUUGCUAACUUCUGGGUUUAAUUCCUAUGAAACAGCAAAAAGCUCCAGUUAGAAUAUAUUGUGUUGAUAUCUAGAACAAUGAAAAAUAGCACUUGCAUUUUAAGAUGUAUUUUAGGUGUCAUUUCUGCAAAUCUGGCACACAAAUUGGAUUACUACUAAUAUAUUUUCAAACCAGUUACAUUUAUGAAAAACAAAGAGAAACUAUAGUCUUUUAAAAAACUUCUUUUGAUUUGCAUAAAAGUUAAAAUAAGGCAGCAAGCAAAAAGUAUUUGCUUUUGUGUUUAUGCAACUCACAUAUGAAUUAAAGGAAAAGACUUUGAAGAUCUGCAAUUUUUACAGGAAUGUACAGUGAAUUAAUAGUGGUUACCAAUUGUCUGUCAUAUUGAUUAUCCAUAAUUCCCUCAAGCCAAAAUGAUGUUUCUGUUUUAGUCUAGAGAGUUUUAUAAGGUUAGUUUUUGAGCAGUUCUUCUUAAAAUAGGCUUUGCAACAGGCAAAUUGUAUAUGGUGCAAAUUAUACUUUGUUAUUUGUGGCUUCGGCUGUGAUGACAGAAUUUCAGCCAUGUUUUCCAUUGAUUUGUCAGUAUCUUGUGAAAGAGUGCCUGUAUAUGUUACAUAGAACUUUUUUAAUCUGUUGCUUGUAAACUCAUACACAGAUUAGGGAUGAUCAUAUCCUCUGAGGCCUUUCUCAGAUUAGUUCCAGAUUUCUCCAAUACCACCCCCAACAGAAAAUCCUGGGAAAUGUACAGUGCCAGUCUGAGUAGCUCAGAUGGUUCAACUCUUUCCCCUGCCAGCUUUUCCCUAUUCUUUGCCUUCAAGCAUGGAGUGGGGAUGGUGGGACUGAAAGCAGUAUCCCUUGGUAAUUAAUGUCCUCAAGGUCUACAGGUUACCAGUUCUUAACAGCCACUACUCUGUCCUUUUGCAUAGUAAAGUGCAUCAGAGUGCCAUCUGUUAAGAGAUGUGCAUACUAUCGCCUUUUUCAUUUACCAUUUGAAAGUAAAAGUAAAAUGGGUGGGAAUGUCCUUUGUUGGCUGGGGAGAACAGGAGCGGGAGGGAAGUCAAGAGCUAUUCCCCAGCUUGGAGAUAGAUCUGACCUGGAAAAGGGUUCAGAGGGGUUGGGGAUGGGUGGGGGUGGAAGCAGGUCUUAGAAGCUUGCUUCUCUUUGGAGACUUUCUUGAGCACCCUAGAAAUUUGUUUUCAGUCUAGACUCAGAUUAAUCUCCACACUGUCCCUAAUACAGAUCUUUGAACACCUAGGCAAGUAUCCAUAUUUUUUAAACUGUACUAAUGUUUUUCUCUUGAGAGUCCAGGGGGACCAAAAUAUUUUGGCACUAAACCAUUACAGUAAUUAACGCAAAACAUUUCAAGGAUAUGCAGAAAAACCCUGGUAUAAUUCUGGUGAAUUAUGUUAUUGGAAAUCUUCACACAGUACACAUUUACUUAAUACAGAUUUUUAUAAAGACUUUAGUAGUAUUACAGUUGCAUUUCAGACCUUGGACAUAUUCCUUACAAGAUACAUAAAAGGAAUGGUAGCAAGUUUUGUUACUCAAGACAUCUCAAGAAUGCUGAAACUUUAGGGACUCUUACUAAUCCUUAAGAGUUGUUUUAUUAUAUAUUCUUGUAGGCUUUCCCACCUUAAUGUAAGCCUAGAAAUGCCUGUAUAUAUAACAUUGACAUAGUUUUGCAGAUUCAAAUCUAGCAAGAAGCUUUUCUCACAAAAUAACGGUUUGUCAGCUGAGUGCCACGGAUCCACUUUUUAGUUUGCUCAUUGUUCAUUCUGUGCCAUUACAAUGGUCUUAAUGGUAUUUGAAUUGUUUUAACAUGUAACAAAAAAAACACCAGUCAGUUGCUUUAAACUUAAAUUACCUCUUAAAAAGACCAAGGUACAUUUACCUCAUUGUGUAUAUAAUAUUUAAUAUUUUUUCAUACCAUUCUCAAGGUUGGUAAUUUCAUGUCUUUUUAAAAUAUGGGUAUUAUAUGGUAAAUCUUCAACUUUGCUGGUACAUAACUGGCUCUGAUCCAAAGUCCUAUGUGUGCUCUCACUUGAAGAUCCUGCUCAGGCGAGCUUUCAUGUUGGCUUUAGAGGUGGGAGACUGCUUUGUGUUCUCUUGUAGACAUACAUACAGAGUGGCCCCUAAUACACAUUUGCUGUUUAUGUGAGAGCUGUGUGUGGACACUGGAGUAUCUGCAUGUUUAAACAGGCCCUGUGUCAAGCUGAGUGCGUAUUUUCUCUUGUCCAGAUUGCAUACUUUUCCCCCCUUUUGUAUUGUUUGCCAACAUAUUUUCUGCUUUAUCAAUUUUGUAUCAACUCUUCCAGAGCUAUAGGGGUAAGGAGACAUAAUUUUUUACAUUUUGGAUUAUACAUUUUGAGCAUCUGUAGAAAUGUGUUACUUUCAAGCCUUACUGUUCAUUGCUGCACAUGUGCUUGAUAAUGUAUGCGCAGUAGAUUAUACGACAGAGGAUUGUAAAUAGUAUAAGAAUGAUGAUUAUUGUUAAGUGCUAACACUACAGUAAUAAAAGCAAUUACAGAUUUUCUUUCUUUUUAGUAGA